AGAAAAUUGAUACUGACGCAUCACCCAAGCGGAUAAACAAGAGAGAAUCACUAAUUCUAGCGCCGUUGCAUCUAACAAGUUUCACAAAAUUGAUUUGUCAAUUCCUGAUGACCGGAGCACGGGUAAUUUGCUCCAAUUUUUAAAAAAUAAAUUGACAAUCUUGGUAGCUCUCUCUCCUCACACGGAGUGCGCCGGAUUUCCAAACUGAGUAAAAGCCAGGAGGGCCUUGGGAGGAACCGGAAAGGGCCUGGGCCGUUCUUAGCCGCCAUGAGGCUCAGAGGGGAAGGAGGCCCGAGCAACGGCGGCGAUGGCGGCUCCGCCCGUUUCCCCGGGAUCUCAGAGCCCGCGCGCAGGCGCUCCUCCGCCUUUUCCGCAGCCGUCGCGUCGGCUUUAGCUCGGUUUCGGCUACCUCCGCCUCCGACAUUUCGGCCCGGGGAUGCUGCACUCGCCCUUGGACCCGGAAGAGCUACCCGGAAGUUCCGGUACCGGCUCCUCGGGGGCGGCCAUGGCGCCGCUUCUGGAGUACGAGCGGCAGCUGGUGCUGGAGCUGCUGGAAACCGAUGGGCUGGUGGUGUGUGCCCGCGGGCUCGGGGCCGACAGGCUCCUCUAUCAUUUUGUCCGGCUGCACUGCCACCCGGGCUGCCUGGUGCUGGUGCUCAACACCCAGCCGGCUGAGGAGGAAUAUUUUAUCAAUCAGCUGAAGUUAGAGGAUGUUGAACACCUUCCUCGGCGGGUGACAAAUGAAAUUGCAAGUGGAAGUAGAUAUGAGGUUUAUACCCAAGGAGGUGUCCUUUUUGUAACAAGUCGAAUUCUUGUGGUAGAUUUCUUGACUGACAGAAUUCCUUCAGAUUUGAUUACUGGCAUUUUGGUCUAUAAAGCUCACAGAAUCAUUGACUCUUGUCAGGAAGCCUUCAUAUUGCGUCUCUUUCGUCAAAAAAAUAAAAAUGGUUUCAUUAAAGCUUUCUCAGAUAAUGCAAUUGCCUUUGAUACUGGCUUUUGUCAUGUGGAAAGAGUUAUGAGAAAUCUUUUUGUAAGAAAAUUGUACCUGUGGCCAAGGUUUCAUGUAGCAGUUAACUCGUUUUUAGAGCAACACAAGCCUGAAGUAGUUGAAAUACAUGUUGCCAUGACUCCUGCCAUGCUUGCUAUCCAGACAGCUAUUCUGGACAUUUUGAAUGCAUGUCUGAAGGAAUUAAAGUGCUACAAUCCAUCUCUUGAAGUAGAAGAUUUAUCUUUAGAAAAUGCUAUUGGAAAACCUUUUGACAAGACAAUUCGUCACUAUUUAGAUCCUUUGUGGCACCAGCUUGGAGCAAAGACUAAGUCUUUGGUACAAGAUUUGAAAAUACUACGAACUUUGUUACAGUAUCUCUCUCAGUAUGAUUGUGUCACAUUUCUUAAUCUUCUGGAGUCUUUAAGGGCAACUGAGAAAGCUUUUGGCCAGAAUUCAGGAUGGCUGUUUCUUGACUCUAGUACUUCAAUGUUUGUAAAUGCUCGAGCAAGAGUUUAUCACAUUCCAGAUAUCAGAAUGAACAAAAAGUGCAAAAUGACUGAAAAAACAGACCAAGAAGGCCAAGAAUUGAAAAGAGAACUGGUACUAGAAAGCAAUCCUAAAUGGGAAGCCCUAACUGAAGUAUUAAAAGAAAUUGAAAUAGAAAAUAACAAUAGUGAAGCUCUUGGUGGUCCAGGAAAAGUACUUAUUUGUGCAAGUGAUGAUCGAACAUGUGCACAGCUUAGAGAAUAUCUCACUAUCGGAGCUAAGACUUUCUUAUUGAAGCUAUAUACGAAAACCUUUGGAAAGGAUAAAGCUGGAGAAGUAAAGAUGAAAUUCAGUAAAGAAGAUAAUUCUAAAGGAAACCUGAAAUCUAGCAAAGAAUCCAAAGUUUCAAAAGCCAAGAUCAGGACUUCCAAAAAACAAAGACCUACAAAGAAGCAAGAAUUGACUUUAACUCAGAUGGUAACAAAGAUUGAGGAUGAAGCUGAGGAAGUUGAUUAUAAAGAAAUAAACAACAGCCAAGAAAACUGCCUGAAGGAAACUGGACCUGAAGUGUUUGGUGUGAAAUUAUCAUCUGAUGCAGCAUAUGGCAUCCUGAAAGAACCCCUCACUGUCAUCCAUCCACUUCUGGGUUGUGGUGACCCCUAUGCCCUAACCAGAGUAUUACAUGAAGUGGAGCCAAGAUAUGUUGUCUUAUAUGAUGCAGAACUAACAUUUGUUCGUCAACUUGAAAUUUAUAGGGCAAGUAGGCCUGGAAAGCCUAUGAGGGUCUAUUUUCUUAUCUAUGGAGGUUCAACUGAAGAACAGCGCUAUCUUACUGCUUUACGGAAAGAGAAAGAGGCUUUUGAGAAACUCAUUAGAGAAAAAGCAAGCAUGGUUAUCCCUGAAGAAAGAGAAGGGAGAGAUGAAACAAACUUAGACCUGGUAAGAGAAGCUACAUCAACAUAUGCUUCUACUGACACUCGCAAAGCAGGUGGUCAGGAAAAGACUAAUUUGCAACAAAGUAUAAUUGUGGACAUGAGAGAAUUUCGAAGUGAACUUCCAUCUCUGCUUCAUCGUCGAGGCAUUGACAUUGAACCAAUUACAUUAGAAGUAGGAGAUUACAUCCUAACUCCAGAAAUAUGUGUCGAGAGAAAAAGCAUCAGUGAUUUGAUUGGUUCUUUAAAUAACGGUCGCCUCUAUAGUCAGUGCAUCUCCAUGUCUCGAUAUUAUAAGCGACCAGUACUUCUGAUUGAGUUUGAUCCCAGUAAACCUUUCUCUCUUACUUCUCGAGGUUCUCUACAUCAGGAAAUUUCCAGUAAUGAUAUUAGUUCCAAACUCACUCUUCUUACUCUUCAUUUCCCAAAACUUCGGAUCCUUUGGUGUCCUUCCCCCCAUGCAACUGCUGAGUUGUUUGAGGAGUUGAAACAGAACAGGCCACAACCUGAUGCAACAACAGCCAUGGCCAUCACAGCAGAUACUGAAACCCUUCCUGAUUCAGAAAAAUACAAUCCUGGACCACAAGACUUCUUAUUAAAAAUGCCAGGUGUCAAUGCCAAAAACUGUUGUUCCUUAAUGAAUCAUGUAAAGAGCAUUGCAGAAUUAACAACUUUGUCACAAGAUAAACUCUCUAGUAUUCUUGGAAAUGCUGCAAAUGCUAAGCAGCUUUAUGAUUUCAUUCAUGCAUCCUAUACAGAAGUUAUUGCUCAGGGAAAAGUUAAAAAGUAAAAUUUUAGAGGUAGUUUAUUUUGAUCACAUGACCACACUCUUUGUUGUCUUUUAUCAUAAUAGCAGUUACAAUCUCAUUUCUUUAACUCAAUCUUUUGUUAUUUCCCAUUAUACUCAGUGGAACAGAAAUCUUAAGAAUUCCAAAGCUGGAAAUCAUCUAGUCCAAGCCCUCAAUUUACAGAAUAAAGAUGCUCAGAGAGGAAAGUUACAUACCCAGAGUCAAUUAACUAGUUAGUAGCCAGAGCUAGAAGUAGAGAUCAAAUCUCCUGAUUUAAGGCCAGUAUUCUUUGAAUCACACCAUCUUAAGAUCCUUCUGAUGAAUCAUGAGAGCUUUUUUAAAGCUACCAACUUUGCUCCUCUUCCCCUUUUGGUAUACUAGCACUGUUAAAAAUGCAGUGUGCUGUGGUGUCCAUUUAAAUUUUUUAACUAUUUAUGGAUGAAGGAAUUUUUUAUGAAUUAAAAUUUGUGCUUCUUUAACUUUGAAGAAAUACAUAUAGUACAGUUUUCUUCUACUAGCUAUACAAAAUAUACCAAUUUAUUACAAAAGAGUUCCAAAGGGAAGGAAAACACCUUUCGCUAUUCCUAUCCAAUUUCCUAUUCUCAGUGUAAAAGUAUUGGAAGAUUUAUCUCAGCUGAUUGAAGAGUACAACAGGUAGGAAAAUUAUUAGCCUGAUGAAUUUCUAAUUAGAAUAUAUGUAAUGUGAUAUAGUUUGACUAAUAACUUUUUUAUAACGUAAAGUAAAUUGCCUUGUGUAUUUGUAUUGUGUAAAGUAGAAGUUAGCAGUAUUAAUGAAUUGUUAGAAUUUUGCUUCUUUGAAGAUCCCUAAACUCCUAGAUUACCAGAGCCCCAAAUUCUAGUCUUUAAAAGCUUUCCUUUCUCACAUCCUCUUACGUAUACGUUAAGAUUACAAUUUCCAUAGUACCCCUAUAAUACUUUUUGAGCUUAUUUAUAAUCUGUUCACUUCCACAUUUUAUGCAAUUCUGGAACUACACAUUCUGGUAUGAGAUCUGGAUUACAUGCAACUGAGUGGCUAACUAAAUUGAUGAGGUUUUAUUUUUUUUAUAGUUGAGUUUUAUCCAAAGAAAUACUACACAAGAAUCAGCAAAUAGGAAAAUAAUCAUUGUUCUAGGCUUAAUAUAUUUUUUAAAAUCAAACUUUUAUAGAAAAAAGAGUCCAGCUCAUGCCUCUUUUGUGAAUAAUCUGAUUUAGCAUUCUGCUGAAUACAUAAAAGACUUAAAUUCCAUUCCUUAAAUUGUCUAUAAUAGAAACAGUUUUAUAAUAAUCUGGUUGUUGGCAGUGAAUUUUCUGUUCAUAGUUGAUAGGGACUGUCUUUGACUUCUACAAAAUUAAAAGCCAGUCCAUGUGAUAAUGUUUGCAUUCUUAUCUGUGAAAGUUUUUUUUUUUUUCCACACAACUUGGAAUUUUAAAAAAAACAGUGUGCACAACUGAAUAAAUGUAUUUAUAAAUGUCAUUUGUAGGUUACUUCAGGGGUACUUUUGAUUUAUUGAAAUGUGAAUGUGCUAUAAAGACUGUAUAAAAGUGUGCUUCUAAAUUGAAUUCAAUUAUUAUCAUUAAUUACAUUGUCAUGUAAUAAAAUUGAGAGAUGAUUUGGAGGGGUAGGAUAAGGAUCAUGUAAGAAGAUCAUUUUAAAAUAGACAAAGUUCUAGGCUUUUUUUCUUCAAAACCAAAAACUUGUUAUAAAUUUUCCAGAUAAAAAUGUUAAUGUGGAGUAUUGGAGUUUUCUUAAGUUAUCAUUUUACAUUCACUUUUAUAUUUACUUUAUUUUUGGAAGAGAGCACAAAAUGAUCAAAUAUUCACUGAAAUAGAACAAAUUCUUUUAAAAGAUGCCAGGCUUCAAAUUAUUCCUUGUUUAUUAUAUCUAAUAUAGCUUCAUAGAGUUUAUGAAUACUCUUGUCUCUUAGCACUCUAAUACUAUUAUUCAAUGUUGUAAUAAUAGUUAUUUAAGAAUUAAUCAGUUUCCCUCAUGGAUAUUUGAGAUAUAAAAAUUUUAUCAUUAUCAAUAAAUUUUACAAUGAUAGUCAUUACUGACUCAUUACCAACAGGUUAGCUAAUGCUUUCUUCUGUUAAAUAAAAGAGUAUGUGAAUAUGUAUUCACAUGUAAAUAUACUUUAUCAUGGUUUUCUUGAAUUAUAUUUGAAAUCUUGAUCAUAGAAUCAUAGAAAUGUAUUAUGGCCCAGAACUCUGAACUUGAAACAAAGGAUUCUUACAAGAUACUAAGUCAGUGGAAUUGAUAGA